AUGCUUCCACAAAAGGUACUUGCUUUUCUUUUAAUAUAAUUGAUAGUAACAUUGAGCUAUCCAUAAUAAGCUUUUUUAAAAAAUUCGAAUCAUUCUGAAAGCUUCAAAUCAUAGAUUUACGAGCCUAACUAGGUAAGUAAGUCUGUUUUAAACUAAAGAUAGUUAUUUUAACUAAUUACCUCAAGUAUAAAUAAGGAAGCUAAGUAAGAUCUAUGUCCUUAUCCAGGAUUUUAUGGAGAUUAUUGUGUUGGAAUACAAGAAUAAUAAGAAUCGUUACAUUUUCAUAAGAAAACCAGCAUGAAAAUGUAUUAGGCUUCUUAAAACUCUGAAACCGAAUAAGCAGUUUAAGGUAUUCAAAAUAUGCCUUCUGGAGUUGGAGUUUCUUUUGAUAUUACUACUGGUGAACUAAAACUUCCUGCAAUCUAACUCACUUAUCAAAAAGAUCCCACUCAAGAAUAAAUUUGGAAAGAUCCACUUUCAGAUAACUAAUUUAUUGUAGCUGAUGAAACAAAAGUAGAAUAAAUAGAAUUGUAACCAGAUAUUAAAAUAUUUUAAAAUGAAUAAGAGUUAUCCAAUGUAUGGGUUGAAGCUAUUUAAAAUGGCUACUGGUUGGGAGGAUAAUAUAGUCACUCAUAAGAUUUAAAUUAGAUAUUUGAAAAAUUCUUUAAAGGAGAUUAAGAAAUGUCUGUUUCACAAAUGGCUAAGAAUGUCCUUAGGAUGACUUUUAAGAAUGAUAAUUUGAACCUUAAUAAAUAUGCGUAAAGAGCUGUAAAUGCUUUACCUUAAGAAUAUUCAGCAGAAGUAUAUAACGAUUUCUUAGAAUCAUGGGGAACUCAUAUUUCUGUUGAUACCUACAUUGGAGGAAUGAUUGAAAAAGUAAACGCAUUUAAAAGUUGUGUUUAUGCUUCUCCUUCAUUUAAUGGAGGGUUAUCUCCUUAAUAAGUGGAAUAAGCACUUAAUAAUGAAUUAAUUGGAAACCCAGCUGAAGGCUUUUUUACUGCUAGAAGAAAAAUUGCAGUUGAUCAUAGAUUUGGAGGAAACCCAGAAAAUGAAUCUAAUUGGGAAAACACAAUUAGCCAAAAUCCUGCUUUAUUAAAAAUAAAUAAGUUUAUAUCAUGGGAUAACCUGGUUGCAGAUGUCUAAGUAAAGCAAAACUUAUAACAAGCAAUUAAGAAUAGAAUUGAAUCAAUGAAAGAAAUAUACAUUAAAAAUUAGCAAUCAAUUCAAGAAUAGAGAAAAAUAGAAAGCAAUGGACCUAAGACUGCAUACGCAAUUUAAGGAAAUGGAAAUGUAAGUACUUUUCCUCAUAUAAUACUAGAUUUAAAGUUGUCAGCACCACUAAAAUAUGAAAUUUCAAGUCCAUUUUAAAUGCAAGAAGCUUCUAUAUGCAAAAGUACAUGUAGCUCAGGUGAAUUUGCAGAUUUAUCAAUUUUAGGUAUUCCAAAAGAUGUUAGAUUCGAAAGAGAUAGCUAAGGUAACUUCAGAAGUAUUUUAAAUGGAAGCUAUGGUAAUUGGGUAGAUAAAGGAUGUAGUGUAGCAUCUCUUAGUGGAUUUCCUUAAUUUGUUGAUUUUAAUCAGAUUCCUCCAAAUGAGAGUCGAUUCUAAAUGAUAUGUACUGACUGCAUCCCAAGUACUUAUAAUAGUCCUAACGGAGAUUUAUUUUAGUGUAGUUGUCCAGCUUUUUGA